CGUGUCAAUAUUUUCCAAUUUUGAUGUUGUUCGGUUGAAUGAAGAAGGUAGCCAUUUUGGAAGCAAACAAAGAUUUUGUGUUACACAUUCGCAUUUAAAUAUCCUGGCUUGUGGCUGGUCUAGGAACGUUUGAGGAAGUACAUAGUAUGGUGAAUAUAUUAAACCUAAACCUGAGAUAGCGAUGGCUGAUAGGAGGAAGCUCCAAGGUGAAAUUGAUAGGUGCUUAAAGAAAGUUGCAGAAGGAGUAGAAACGUUUGAGGAUAUCUGGAAAAAGGUCCAUAGUGCUACGAAUGCAAAUCAGAAAGAGAAAUAUGAAGCUGAUCUCAAGAAAGAAAUCAAGAAGCUGCAGCGGCUGCGGGAUCAAAUCAAGAGCUGGUGCGCAUCGAACGACAUCAAGGAUAAACGCAUACUCACGGAUGCACGAAAACUCAUCGAAACUCAAAUGGAGCGAUUUAAGGUUGUGGAACGAGAGAUCAAGACGAAGUCAUAUUCGAAAGAAGGUCUUGGAGCAGUCAACAAGUUGGAUCCUGCAACAAAAGAAAAGGAGGAGAUCACGAACUGGGUCAACAACGCGAUAUCUGAACUCAACAUUCAGAUUGACCAGUUUGAGAGCACAGUGGAAGCACUGUCCAUCGGGAGCAAGAAAAAGAAAGCAGACAAAGAUAAGCAGGAGCGCGGAGAGGAGCUGAGGCAGCUGCUGGAGAAGCACCGGUUUCACAUACAGCAGUUAGAAACCAUUCUUCGGAUGCUCGAUAAUGACUCGAUCAGUGUAGAUCAGGUGAGAAAAAUUCAAGACGACAUACAGUACUACAUAGAAUCAUGUCAGGAUCCUGAUUUUGAAGAGAACGAGUUUAUUUACGACGACUUGGAUCUGGAAGAAAUGAGGGUGAGCUUGAUGCCGGAGCUGUCGGCGGACGACACGGUGACGAGCACGUUGUCCGGAACGCCGACGUCGACCAACUCACGAUCCAGCUCACCAUCGGACAGUCCAGCACUCGUCAACCAUUCCAAGGAUAAGAAUGAACGAGAAGACGACAAGAGAAAACACAAGUCUUCGGAGAGUGAGCAGCCGCCGUCGUUCAAGCCCGUCAUCGUCCGGCCGACGCCUCACUCUAGCUCGACGAACUCGUCGUCGUCGUCAGCGUUGACGAGCAACAAUAAGAAUAUACCAACGACACCUACGAAGCCAAAUAGUAGCCAGGGUAUUAUGCUAAACCACGUGGCGGCUCCGGCGCCAACCGGCCAGCCGUACGCAGCAGCCGCGAGCGCGCACCACAAUAGCACGCAGGGCGGCAGAUCUGUAGCCAACUCCAACCUGCCGCGGCUGCAGCGGCAGACGUCGACCGACAGCCACGGGUCGGAAACGAAGCUGGCGAAUUCGUUAGACCACAAUGGGCCGAGCAUCAGCGCGACCGUAACGACGACGACCGUGAGCCUUCUGCAGUCCUCGGGUAACUCGACAACAACAGCGCCCUCUAUCACCAGCAGUGCAAACUCAAGCUCAACACUACUUACGUCGUCUUUGGGGCAGAGCGAAGUGCCGUUGCAAAAUAAAAGCGACGUCAUCAUGAACGGACCAGCAUCUUUAGAAAAGGUAGAACCACGUCGCCUAUAUUUGUUGCAUGGCAACGAGCAGCAGCAACAACAACAACAACAGCAACAGCAGCAGCAACAACAGCAACAGCAGCAGGUGUUGAUGCCGACCACGAGGAGCAUUGGAUCUCUUAAGUCUAUGGUCGAGCAGGUAGUGCUCACCAACAAUUCAGGGCUGCCGAGUCAGUCAGACCAGUCGCAGGCAGUGGGCACAAGCGAGGAGACGCGAGGUAAGCGUCUUCUGGCCGCACUAGCUCCGUUCGAUAGCAAUACACCGUCGGUGUCAACGUCAGUGCUCGCCUCCACCCUGUCAACGCAGCAGCAGCAGCAGCAGCAGCAGCAGUCGUACCCCUCCAGCGUAGUCGAGCCGCCGUCUACCACCACUGUACAUAUUCCGCCGUUGAUAGGAGUUGCGCCACUGGGUCCCGUCCCGCUGAACAAGGAGCACGGCUACCAGCUGGCGAUGCUAGAGUCCACCAUGCACCAUCUUCCGCAUCCGUCUGACUCGGAGCGGUUGCGGCAUUACCUCCCACGGACGCCCUGCCCGACUCCCGCGUGGUACCCACAGCUGCCUCCGCACGUCCUGGACGCUGUCGACUACUUCCAACGACUGUCAACGGAGACGCUCUUCUUCAUCUUCUACUAUCUUGAGGGCACAAAGGCUCAAUAUUUGGCAGCAAAGGUAUUGAAGAAGCAGUCGUGGAGGUUCCACACCAAGUACAUGAUGUGGUUCCAACGUCAUGAAGAACCAAAAACUAUUACGGACGAAUACGAACAGGGCACAUACAUUUAUUUCGACUAUGAAAAGUGGGGCCAACGCAAGAAAGACGGAUUCACGUUUGAAUAUCGAUAUCUGGAAGAUCGAGAUUUGAACUAGACGUGAGGGAUUUUUGACAAUGUGUACAGUCGUACGAGAGCUGCCGACUGCCAGGGCUGCGGCGGACGUUGCACGCGCGCGCGAACGACGAAUUCUGCCGCUGCCUCAACAAACGUGGAACAUCGUGGUCGCUUCGUGAGAAAUACAGUCCUAAGUGCUAGAGUUAUCGUCAUACUGUCAAUAGUCGCUAAUCGGAGUUCACGCCCAGGACCCGACACCUUUUUUUCGAGCGCUGCUGUUGGGCGGUCUGCUAUUUGCUCGCGACCGUCGAAGCUAACAUUGGUGAAUUUACGGUGGCUCGCAUCCACUUUUAGUCGUACGUACGUCGUGCACCAGGCACAGGCUUUACACUUUCGUUAUCAUUGUGUGUGCGUGCGAAAACGGUCUGUCUUACAAGCAUUUUUAGCCACCCCCAAACCAUUAAAACCGGCAUCCUCUCUUGAACUCGAACUCGUCCGAAACCCACGUACGAGAUUUACCCGCCGUAGUACGGACUAUUAGAAACUAUUGGAAAGAGGCAGACGUUUCUCUAAUUCUUACAUUUGCGUCAGCAGGCAGCAUUUUUGGUGGGAGGGAGCGGGGGGGGGGGCGUUUCAGAGGCAUCGUGGACGUACCGGACGGACGACGACGCGACUUGCUGGGUACGCACUCUUAUACGGCCGACGUUUAUCGGAUCUUUUUUAAAAGUUGUGGCGACGGUCGGCCCGUCGUUCCGCGCCUUGCUCGCGCCCGUCUAGAUUUCUCUCGUCGCGGCACCACUCUCGAAUCUCGUACUGCUCGCGCGCGUGCCGCUUCUUCCCGUCCCGUUCGUUUGCCGGUCGGUCGCGCUACUCGCCCUGCACACACGUCUCGCCUCGCACCACCCACGACCAGAAGGGUAGGAUGGUCGUCGUAGAGCUAGCCCUUCUUCAGUUACACGCACGUAUGCAGCAAUGUAAUUUGCUUCCAAAAUGAGCGCCGGCUUCAUUUUCAAGCCCCGCGGAAGAGAAGUCGCGCGGCGGGAGAAGGUGCCCCCGCCUCCGUCCCUCCUUCCCUCCUUCCCUUCCUCGAGGCAUCUUUAGUAGUGUUGUGAGAUCAUCAUACACUUUUAUUGCCGAUUUUUUUUGUCAGAGUUGCGGAGAGCUACUUGUUAAAUGCUUGCUUUAUCCAUUUAGUAAGGGGACCCAUAUCUGUGAGCCAUUGGUAUUUUUGUACAGCGGAACUGGCCUAGGUGUCGCCUCCUGUCAGGGGGAAUGUGAGACGUCACAUUGACGUCGCUGUGCAAGGACCCGACUUGUAAAUAUAUCCGAGGGCACUGCACAUGCGCAGUGAUCUAAAUUAUGGCAAAAUAAAGUGAUUUUUUGUCUGUGUAUAGAAA